AUGGCUGCUAUAAUUCCCUUCACCGAGCGCUAUAUGCAACAGCUUACGGACCUCAUUCAUACGCAAGAUAUGCUUGAUCACAAUGGAUACAUUAGCAAGCCUUUAACUCUCGCCGAGGUCGAGAAUAAGAGGCGUUGUUCCCGGUGCUUUCGAUCUCUCCACAAAAGCAAUGGUAAGAGGAGGAGCAAUAACAAAGGCGGGAAGAAGGAGAAAAAGCAUGAGAUUCCAAACAAGAAGACCGAGCAGGCCGAAGUAUCGAGCAAGAAUGAAGCGUCUUCAGGAGGAGUCCUGCUUCGCCCUCCUACAACGUCUGGCGACACGGUCUCCGUAGCAGUCCAACUAGAUUCCACCAACGCCACGGCUUCACGCCCACCCAAGCAAAAAACAGUGGUCAUGGCAUGCCAUUUUCACGAUGGGCGAAUAAUCCGAGGCCUUUGGUCUUGCUGCAACGGCCACUCUCAGUUCUCGAAACCCUGCAAAUCUGCUGAAUUUCACCGGCCCACCGAUCACAAAAUCGAGUGGCUCAUCUCCCAAUGGCAAUAUCAUCCAACUCCAACGGUCGACCCGUGGCGUCUCCCCCAACCCCGCCGUGCUGUCGCUCUCGACUGUGAGAUGGGCGUCUCUAUCACAGGUGACUCGGAGCUCAUCAGCCUCGCCGUAGUCGAUUACUUCUCUGGCGCCGUCCUCAUCAACAAACUCGUCUUUCCCAAGGUGCGCAUGCUGCACUACAAUUCGCCCUUUUCUGGAAUCCGUUUCUCCGACCUCAACCGUGCAAGACGAGCGGGAAAGUGUUUCUGGGGUAGGGACGAUGCGAGGGCGGCCCUUUACUCAUUCAUCGGACCAGAGACGAUUAUUGUUGGCCAUGCGCUCCACCAGGACCUCACUUCGAUGAGGCUGAUUCACACAAAUGUGGUGGACACCUUGAUUCUGGAGCAGAGUAUAGUGGAGAGGUGCCGUAUCGACACCGUUAAUCUCGGUGGGCGAGAAAAAGAAGAAGUCGGAAACGAGGACGGUGGCGUGCCCGUCAACGGUGCGGAGCCUAAGUACAAGAAGCGCAAGUCGGGUAGUUUUACGCUAAAGGCGCUGGUUCAGGACAGGCUUGGUCGUGAAAUUCAGGUCGGCAGCCAUAAUGCCCUGGAGGACGCCAUUGCGACACGGGAUUUAUGCCACUGGUACAUGCUUAACGUGGUCGGAAGGUUGCUUCCGGUUGGUUCCAUAGAGGGCAACCCACAAUACGGAGAUGGGGUUAAGGGGUUGGUGGUGAACGAGGAAGAAACGACAUGA